GAAUUACGUCAUUCCAGGCCAGUUACGUCAUUAUUUUCCAGAAUAUUCUAUAUAUUUUGCGCACGGUAUGCUAGAUACUAAAUUAACAAUCAUUGGUCGACAAUCAGCCAAUUACGCUUUGUCGACGCUUCCAUUGACCGACGCUCCACCAAUGGCAAAUGUUUGCGGUCUAACGGAUUUGCACACGGUUCCUAAGGUAGCGCGUGCUGAAAUGAUGUCACGGGGGGAAUAAAAAGAGCGUUAUUUUCUCCUCCAAUCAAGAUUUCCUCAUUGGCGAUAAAGGCGGAGAACUACCAAAGAUGGAAAAAGAUUUACGUCGUUCUGAAGUUUGCUUGUGUGAAAGGUGCAUAUGCUGUAAGUCGUUGAAACGUACGGAAGUCGCAUGCAAGGACUGUAGAUGUAAAGCUUCCAAAUGUGGUGGGGGCGAAGGUAAAGGCUGCCAGUCUUUAAAAUGCAAGUGUGAAGACUUCAAGUGUUGCCAAGCUUCAUCGUGCGGAGGGCCCACAUGCAAGAGUGAAGACUGCAAGUGCUGCCAAGCCUCGACGUGCGAAAGGCCCGAAUGCAAAUGUGAAUAUUGCAAGUGCUGCCAAGUCUAGAUACGAAGGACCCAAACACAAAUG